GAAUCCGGAAGUGUUAUCGGAAAAUUUCCUUAAAACAACCAGCGAUGUCGGCGGGUGGCGGAGACAGCACUUGCGACGUGCAGUGGCAGUACGAUUUUAAUCAUGGCAAAAGAGGAAAAGCAAUAAUAUUAAACCACAUGGAAUAUGAUCCAAAAACUAAAAUUCAAAAAAGACUUGCUUCUAUUUGUGAUGCCAACAUAUUGGUGGAAACCUUCAAGAAGUUAGGUUUUGCAGAAGAUGAUAUUCACAUCUAUCAUGGAAUACAUGUGCAGCCAGGGUCAGAUUCACUCAUAGCUAAGGCAAAUGGGUCUGAGAAAGAUACCUCUGUUGCUUAUGAAGAACGUCAGAAGGCCUUCCAGGCAGUACUUAAACAGAAGAAAAUUCUUCCAGAAAACAUCAAGUUUUACAAAGGUUCAAAAUUAACUCAGUUAACUUCAACAGAAACACUGAAGAUUAUUGAAGAAGCUGCAAAAGAUGAAAAAUACAACGAAGACGCUGACUGCAUUGUGUUUGCAGUACUUUCUCAUGGAGAUGAGGUCCCAGAUGCGUCAGAUGAUUCAGUUCUCCAGGGACUCAUUCAUUGCUAUGAUGGUCUUCUUCAUAUUGAAAUGUUUAUGCAACCACUGCGAGACGACACAUGCUUAUCACUAAAAGGAAAGCCAAAGUUGUUUUUCAUACAGGCAUGUCGAGGGACUGGGCUUGAUGAUGGUGUUCUGGUCAAAGAAGAUGCCCAUUCAGGCAAAGUUUCAGCAGGCCCACCACGGACAAUAACUUCUACCCCAGUAGAAAUGAGAAACAUCCCUGCAUAUAAUAACUUCCUGACAGCUUACAGCACUCCUCCAG